CCGGCCCGCGCCGCUCGCUCCGUCCCCGCGCAGGCCUCGCCCCGCCCUCGGCGCCGCUCUGGACGUCACUCAGCGGCGCGGCCGAUGACGCUCUCCGGGCCGCGCACGGCUGCGCUACGGUGCUCCAGAGGGGAGCUGUGAAGCUGUGAGCCAUGGCUCUGGCGCUGGGCUGCCUCCGGCCCCUCCCGGCCCUGCUGCUCCGCUCCUCCCUCGCCGUGGCCCGGCGGCUGCCCCGGGCUCCCGGGGGCUGCCCGGCCCCGCUCCUGGAGGGCUGCGGGCAGUGUGUCCAGCAGGUGCUGCUGAGCAGGCAGCUGGCUACCAAAAAAGCUAAAGGUAAAGGGCAGAGUCAAGCCAAAGUGAAUAUCAGUGCUGCCCUGGUUGAGGAUAUUAUCAAUUUGGAGGAAACCAGUGAAGAUAUGCAGGCAGUCAUCGAAGCUCUGAAAGAAGAUUUCAGCAGAAAUCUCAGUGUCAGAACCUCACCAGGGGCCCUGGAUCACAUAACUGUGAUGACAAAAGAUGGGAAGUUUCCGCUGAACCAGCUGGGGCAGAUCUCUCAGAAGUCACCGCAGCUCUUGAUAGUGAACAUGACCAGUUUUCCAGAGAGCACAGCUGCAGCUGCAAAGGCCAUAAGGGAGAGUGGCAUGAACCUGAACCCCGAGGUGGACGGGACGGUGAUUCGGGUGCCAGUCCCCAAGGUCACGAGGGAGCACAGGGAGAGCCUGGCCAAGCUGGCCAAGCAGUCCACCAACAAGUCCAAAGAGGCCCUGAGAAAGGUGAGAAGCAAAAGCAUCACCCAAGUGAAGAAGUCCAAGAACAAAGUGUCAGAAGAUACCAUCUUUCUGCUAGAAAAGCAGAUCCAGCAAAUGGCAGAUGAGGCUGCUGCAGAGAUGGACAAGCUGCUGGCAGCAAAGACCAAGGAGCUGCUUGGAUAAACACCAUCCCAAUUGUCAGAAACAUCAUAAACAUCAUCCCAGCUGCCCUGGAGCAGGAAUGGACUGCCACAGCCCCAGCACCCAGCCCUGCCCGGGGCCAGCAGCCUCGGGGGUGGGCAGGGGCAGCUCUGUGCCUUGGCUGCUCCCAUGGCCUGCCUUGGGCUGUGCUGGAGGGAGGGGAGCUCUCCUUGCUGUCCUUUAUCCAGGUGGGAACAGAACUGGAUGAACUGAGAUCAAAAAUAAAAUACCAGGAAGGAGAACUGGAAAUGCUGGAGGCACAGAGGGAGGACUGCCCUGCUCACUUUGUGCCCCAUCUUUGCCCCACACCUUCAGCCCCCUGGAGCCAGGGCCACCCACGAGAGGAACCUGCCCGUCCUGCUGCAAACCUCAGCAUUUAUUUCUGCUUGAAAUAAAGUCAAAAUGAGGUGUGGAGCAGCAGCCUCACGACAGC